AUGCCAGGCAAACUUCGAGUAGCAAUCAUUGGUGCCGGGCCAGCUGGCCUAGGUGCAGCCAUCGAAUUCCAGAAAUUGCCGUUUGUCGAUCUGAAAAUAUACGACCAAGCAAGAGCUCUUCGUGAGAUAGGAACCGGAAUAAGUAUUCAGAAGAACACAUGGCGGAUGUUAGAUGCAAUAGGUGCAUCACAAAAUAUAAAGUCCAAUGAAAUAUUUCGUCCCGCCGAUGGCCAUUCGUUACAACACCGGUGCGGAACAAAUGGACGUACUGGGGAGCUUCUUGUCACGAUUGAGCAGAAUGACGGUCCUCCCGAACAUUUCCAUGCACGCGCACUUCGUUCGGUUCUACAGAAAGCCCUUCUUUCGAACGUUGAUAAGUCAAACCUCCGGCUGGGAUCUCGCCUUGUAGAAAUUGUUGAAACACCUACGGAAACAUAUAUUCUUCACUUCCAAGACGGGCAUGUAGAUGAAGUUGACUUAUUAGUGGGUGCCGACGGUGUCCGGUCUGUUGUUAGGAGUUUCGCGUUUCCUGAUCAUAAAAUUGCAUACACGGGAAGAACAGCAUACCGUGGACUUGUGCCGACGGAGAAAAUACUCAGCAUACCCAAUUUCCCAGAUGCAGUCACAUUCUGGCAUGGACCAUCAGAUUGGGUGUAUACCUGCAACUUGAACGGAGGUAUAUAUGAGAUAACAGUCAAUGCUGAUGAGACUGAGGAAGUGGCUAAAGUAAGCUGGGGCGAGAAGGCUACCCUUGAGGAGUUCAAACGGCCGUGGAAAGAAUUUGCACCUAUCAUUCAUGAAGUCCUCGACAAAGUUAAGGAUGUUCAGAAGUUUGCCCUUUUCGCCGGUCCUAGACUUGAAUCAGUCGUAUCUCGUGGCUCGAUUGCUUUAGUUGGAGACGCAUCUCAUCCAUUGUCGGGCGCAUUUGGCGCUGGUGCUGGUUUUGCUCUAGAAGACGCUUUUGCGUUGGUGAAAUCCGUCGCUUGGGCGAGAAGUCGUGGACAUGAACUACGAGAUGGGCUUAAUUUGUAUGAUCGUGUACGAUCCCCGCAUUAUCAGUCCAUGGUUUUGAAGUAUCGCAUCCUGGACGAUUUCAAGGCGUCAGACAGAAUUCUGAACGCAGGGAACUUUUCGUUUGACGAAGGAGUCGCUCAUACAGUUCGAAAUAAGUGGCAUGGAAAAUACAAAUGGUUAUUUGAUUACGAUGGAGCUGGAGAAGAAUCGACCAGUCUUUCAAAUGUCGUUAAUGCGGUGGUCUUCGGUACCAUGACCGUCUUAGGUUUUAUAUCAGGCAUGGUAUGUAACAGAAUCGGCGUUCGCUGGACUCUGGUCAUUGGAUCAUUAGGCUAUGCACCAUACGCAGCUGCCCUCUAUACAAAUGCAGCCUUCGGGAAUAAGUGGUUUCCCAUCUUAGGAGCUGCGACAUGCGGUAUUAGUGCCGUCUUCUUGUGGACUGCAUCUGGUGCAAUCAACCUUGUUGUUGGUACAAAAUUCGCUUUUCAAAAUAUCGGAGGAUUCAUUGGUGGUGCCAUCUCACUCGGGUUGAAUAUCAAGCAGAACCACGCCGGCAGAGUUUCGGAUGCCACCUAUUUUGCCUUCAUUUCAAUUAUGUGUAUCGGUUUGCCAUUGGCAGCUACAAUUCCUCGACCGUCACAAAUUAAGCGAAACGAUGGAACACAAGUUGUCGAACAUCGCUUCAAAUCCUGGAACGAGGAACUCUCAAGCCUGAAGAGCGUUCUGUCGCUUAAAAGCUUUGUUUUGCUAGUCCCAUUUGCCUUGUACUGUCAAUGGGAUCUAUCCUACAUGUGGACUUGGAACGCGGUCUAUCAUACUGUCAGGGCUCGAGCUUUGCUUAGUACUCUCUUCUACUUAGUUGGGCCUAGCAUUAUUGGUCCGGUACAAGGAUGGCUCCUAGAUAGGAAACAAUGGAGUCGCCGAAGUCGAGCGCGUUAUGGAAUGACUGCUUACGUUGUAGUCACUACACUGACCUGGAUCUACGGUCUAAUCGUGCAAUACCAGUACGAUGAAAGGGCAUCCACAGCUAUUGACAUCGUCGAUCCGGUCUUUAUAAAAUCAUCCCUACUUUUUAUACUAUACGGACUCAUUGAGAAUUCGGGUAUGAUGGUUAUUUACUGGAUCAUCGGUUCCUUGGGAUUGGACCCAGGGAAAGUUGCGUCACUCGUAGGGUUGGUGACCGGAAUUGGCUCUUUCGGGUCAACAUUGGCAUUCGUUCUCGGGGCCUGCAAUGUUACUUUAAAAUGGCAACUUUGGGCGAAUGUUAUCACCUUUCUAGCCAGCCUCCCGGGUUUUCUCUACGUGAGCUGGACUAUGAUCACGGAGGACAACAAACUCGACGAGGUCACCACAGUCAAUUAUUCUACCUCGUCUAUCGAAAGCGCUGGGGUGCAAGAGGAGCAAGGAGUUCACACAAAGACUGGAUAG